UGAACCCAAUAACUCUAUCUAUAAUGCUGAAUUGCGCGACUGUUACAGCCGUCAGAGAGCUCACUAUUAAAUGAAUGAAUUCCUAUUUGCCAAGUGAGCAACAGGACAUUUCAGUUACAUAUCUUUUUGUUUUCAGUUUCCAAACCAAUGAAAUAAAGACGGGCCCGAAUUUAAGUUCUUUGCUCUACCAGAAGGAUCGUAAAGGCGGCCACUGGCAAAAGCCUCAACAUAUUCCCUUUAGCCAUUAUCAGUUUAUCCACAUAAUCAACCACCACAGCUCUUUUGUUUUUUAAAUCAAUCAGGACAACCGAUAUUUUUAUCCUUUUCAUUUGUCAACACGCAUGAAUUCCCUCUAUAUAUACCUGCACUAUCUACUACUUAAUUCAUCCAAUUCUCAAUCUAGAUAUACACUCUCUUCUUUUGUUACACAUUCAUUCACCAGCUUUCUUUUUUCAGUUACAAACAACUACUGCUUCUCCCCAACCAUACUACUCUUCAGCCAGCGUAUGUUUCUCAGCUAUUCUUAUUUUUUUUAAUUCGUUUAACACAAAACAUACAAAAAUUUGUCCAUUCUGAUUCCUUUGGUUGUACGUGAAUUACUCUAGUCCAGUUUGUUCUCUUUUUUCUUAUUUCUAAAAGCUAGUAUAAUAAAGCUUUUUUUUUUUCUUCUCAUUUGUGUCCUCUGUUUUAAAUUUCCCCUGUUUUUCCCCUGUCAUGGCACCCCAUGAUCCAGUUGAAUCAAUUUUCAAUGUAUUGAAAACCCAUAAAAAGGACAACUUUUUUGAACUAACUGAUGGCAAACUCUUUGUUGAAAACGUUCCAUUGCUCUUCGAAGUUCCCAGCAAUGUCAGGUUUUCAAGUUUUUCUUCAAUUUGCCAAACAUCCAAUGCUCCAAUUCCCCUGUUCCACCGUGCGCAUUCAACGUCUUUCAAAGGCGGAUUUUUGGGAUUCACCAAAGAGGAUUCAUCCAACUGCUUGAUGAAUUCCUUGGGGAAAUUCACUGGCAGAGAUUUUCUCAGCAUUUUCAGGUUCAAGACUUGGUGGUCGACACAGUGGGUGGGAAAUUCUGGUUCAGAUUUGCAAAUGGAAACCCAAUGGGUCCUCUUGGAUGUCCCUGAGAUAAAAUCCUAUGCAAUUAUUAUACCAAUAGUUGAAGGGAAAUUCAGGUCUGCACUUCACCCUGGCAAAGAUGGUCAUGUCCUCAUCUGUGCUGAGAGUGGUUCUAGCCAAGUGAAAGCAUCAUCCUUUGGCGCUAUCGCGUAUGUUCACGUGUCUGAUAAUCCUUACACCUUGAUGAAAGAGGCUUAUACUGCUCUUAGAGUUUAUUUAAAUACUUUUAAGCUCUUGGAAGAAAAAUCAGUUCCACCCCUUGUAAAUAAAUUUGGUUGGUGCACUUGGGAUGCUUUUUACUUAACUGUAGAACCAGCAGGUGUAUGGCAUGGAGUGAAUGAAUUUGCACAAGGUGGAAUUUCUCCGAGGUUUCUUAUUAUUGAUGAUGGCUGGCAAAGUAUCAAUUUUGAUGAUCAAGAUCCCCGUGAGGAUGCAAAUAAUUUGGUUCUUGGUGGAACACAAAUGACUGCCAGGCUCCAUAGGCUUGAUCAAGGAGAGAAAUUCAGAAAGUACAAGGCUGCAUCCUUAGUGGGUCCUAAUCUUCCAAUUUUUGACCCCAAUAAGCCAAAGUUGUUAAUCAAUAAAGCAAUUGAGAUUGAGCAUGCAGAAAAAGCUCGUGACAAGGCGACUCGAUCCGGAGCUACUGACCUAUCACAGUUUGACAAAAAUAUUGAGAAACUGAAGAAAGAAUUGAAUGAGAUGUUUGGUGGGGAUCAAGAAAACUCUUUUCAAGCUGAGCCCCUGUGCAAGGACUUAGGUCAACACUUAUAUAGUAGCCCUUGCAACUCCGAUAACUCGGGGAUGAAAGCGUUCACCAGGGAUUUGAGAACACAUUUCAAAGGCCUGGAUGAUAUUUAUGUAUGGCAUGCACUGUGUGGUGCUUGGGGUGGUGUAAGGCCUGGUACUACCCACCUAAAUUCCAAGAUAAUCCCUUGUAAACUUUCUCAGGGGCUUGAUGGGACAAUGGAUGAUCUUGCAGUGGUCAAAAUAGUGGAAGGUGGCAUUGGACUUGUUCAUCCCGAUCAAGCUGAUGAUUUUUAUGACUCAAUGCAUUCUUACCUUUCUAAAGUGGGAAUUACUGGAGUUAAAGUUGAUGUUAUCCAUACACUGGAAUAUGUCAGUGAAGAAUAUGGUGGUCGAGUUGAGCUUGCGAAGAAAUAUUACAACGGGCUAUCAAAAUCCCUAGCAAAGAACUUCAAUGGUACCGGACUCAUAUCCAGCAUGCAACAAUGUAAUGACUUCUUCCUCCUAGGAACAAAGCAAAUCUCAAUGGGAAGAGUUGGGGAUGAUUUUUGGUUCCAAGAUCCAAAUGGUGACCCAAAUGGAGUGUACUGGUUACAGGGUGUUCAUAUGAUUCAUUGUGCCUAUAACAGUAUGUGGAUGGGUCAGAUUAUACAACCAGAUUGGGAUAUGUUCCAAUCUGAUCAUGUAUGUGCUAAGUUCCAUGCUGGCUCAAGGGCUAUUUGUGGGGGACCUGUUUAUGUGAGUGACUCCUUGGGUGGACAUGAUUUUGAUCUUUUGAAGAAGCUAGUUUUCCCUGAUGGUACCAUUCCCAAGUGCCUAUAUUUUGCACUCCCCACUAGAGACUGCAUCUUCAAGAAUCCACUCUUUGAUGGCAAAACCAUUCUCAAGAUUUGGAAUUUCAACAAGUAUGGAGGAGUCAUUGGUGCAUUCAAUUGCCAAGGAGCAGGGUGGGAUCCAAAGGAGAAAAGAAUCAGGGGAUACUCAAAUUGCUACAAGCCAAUGACAGGGUCAGUCCAUGUGAAUGACAUUGAGUGGGACCAACUGAAAGAAGUAUCUGAAAUGAGUAAAGCAGAGGAAUAUGCUGUGUAUCUUAACCAAGCUGAGGAAUUGUUCUUGACAAAACCUGCCUCAGACACAAUCCCAAUGACCCUUGAACCAUCUGCUUUUGAAAUUUUUAGCUUUGUCCCUAUCAAACAGCUCAGUCCCAUUGCUAAAUUUGCUCCAAUCGGACUCACCAACAUGUUUAAUGGUGGAGGAGCUAUACAAGGUCUGCAAUAUGAGGAGGCUAUAGGUGAUGGUGAUAAUGCAAGUGCAAAAGUUGAAGUUAAAGGUGGUGGGAAUUUCUUAGCAUACACAAGUGUGUUGCCUAGCAAGUGUUACUUGAAUGGUGCUGAAGUUGAGUUUGAGUGGUCUUCUCAAGAUGGCAAAUUGAUCCUCAAUCUUCCUUGGAUUGAAGAGGCCAAUGGAAUUUCUAAUGUAACUUUUCUUUUUUAGUGUGUUAAUCUUGGCAAAGUGUUGUGUUGCUUAAGGAAGUUUGACAAUUUAAUAGA